AUGGGUAAUAAGUUAUCCACUGCAUAUAUAAGAUCAAACAGUACGAAUAUUGUCUCAAAGGAGGUGCAUCCUGCUAGGUUGACUGCGGCAUACAAGCGAUCAUACAGACGAUCACACAACCCGUAUGUAUAUCAGUUCGAAGUAGAUCACAUUAUGGGUAAAAAGACGCCCAAGAAUUACUUUGUAGUAUGUCGAGGUAGAACAACUGGAAUUCUUAAUGGUUGGGCGGAAUGUGAGACAUCUACAUCUGGUUUUUCUGGUGCCAAAUUCAAAGGCUAUGAGACACGCGAUGAAGCUCAAAAAGCAUGGAAUGAAUGGCUGAAGUUUCAAGGCAUAGAACCAAAUCAAGGCGCACCACAAAAUACACUAGAGAAUGAUCUUACAGAUAGGUCUAAGUUUGUAAAUCACACCGCUGUCAACAACGAUCUUCACGGUCGUGUAGGUCCAAAAAGAAAAUAUGAAGACAGAGAAUCUUCUGUUGACAUCAAAUCCGAUGCCGCAACAAAUCCUUCUCCACCCUUUAAGACAGAAGAUAGUGCUAUAUCUGCAGAACAGAUCUUUAUUGACCUCACAGAAGGUCCAAAUCAUACGACCUGCGCCAACAACUUUUCUAUAUCCAAAGAAGAAAUCGCUCCUGCACUUAGGAAGGCAAAACUUGACGACGAUAAUCUACCGUUAAAUCCUUAUAUUGAGAUCCCAGAUUCCCAAUCCGACAUUUCCGAUGAUACCCUUGACAAUAUUACAUCGUCCUCCGAAAAUCUUCCCAAGCCUGUUGAACUUACCGCGGAGCAAAAUACGGUGGUUAAGAUGGCAAUGAGUGGAGAUAAUAUUUUUCUUACUGGCGCUGCUGGAUCUGGCAAAACAGUCACAUUGCUACAAAUCAUAGCACAACUGAAGAAAAAGCUGCAGGACGAUAACCCAGAUAUCCCCAAAGUUCAGGUUGCUGCCCCAACUGGAUUAGCGGCCCUGCCGUUGAAUGGAAUAACCACGUAUUCCUUUGCGGGUUGGAAACCGGAUUCUUUUAAAAUAUCUCUUGACAAGCUUCUUCAUCCUGAUAGCAUAAAGAAGAGAACAAUCAAAGCGCUUAGGAGACUUGAAGUACUUAUCUUGGAAGAGAUCUCAAUGGUUGAGAGCCAGUUCAUCGAGCGUCUCAGUUUACUUCUUCAAACGGUAAAGCAAAGCCCGGAACCGUUCGGGGGUAUUCAAGUGAUAUUCCUGGGCGAUUUCUAUCAACUUCCCCCAGUAAAACCUUUCGAGCAUUGUAUGAUAUGUGGAGUUGAAAUGGUUGGGGUUUUUGAUCGUGUUUGUAAGAGUGACUGGUGUAAAGACCGUCCGGACAAUAUCUCUUUUAAGCCAGGUGAUAAAUGGGCAUUCAAUGCCCGUGUGUGGGAACAGCUCAAUUUUAGACACGUCAAGUUAGAGCAGAUUCAUCGGCAAAAAGAUGAAACGUUCAAAGCUCUUCUAAACAAAGUGCGUGAUGGUGUUGAUCUGAGCGACGCAGAAUGGCAUGAUUUGAUUCGCCCCAAGAUCCUUCCUCCCAAUGUCUUUCCUAUUCGCCUAAUGUCAAAAAGGGUUGACGUUGACAGCUUCAACAAUUCUCAGUUGGACCUGAUACAAUCAGAAGUCAAGGUUUGGGAGGCAUAUGACGAUUCAUGUCAGCUCUAUCGAGGAGAGUUUGAUUAUCUACGUCAGCACGAGAUUGACAAAAAGUUGGAGGAAUAUAGAAUUGCCAUUUCAGAAUACCAUCGUUUCCCAAGAAGGUUAAAGCUAAAGGUUGGUGCAAAAGUAGUUUUGCUUCACAAUCAAGAGCGAAAAUCUGGCUUGGUGAAUGGUUCACAGGGUACCAUAGUCGGGUUUGUGAAUGCGGAAAACUGGCCAGUGACGAUCAAGGGUGACCAUGCAGAUUGGCGAAGAACACAAAUGAAUCGUUUUACGGAGAAGAACCCUUGGAGACCCGUUGUUAAGUUUGCAGAUGGGAAAGUGGCUGCAAUUGCACCAGUUCCGUCGGAGAGUUUAAUGGGAACGGUGAAGGAUAGAUAUCUUACUUGUAGGACUCAAAUGCCGCUCCUUCUAGCAUGGGCUUUGUCGAUUCAUAAAAGUCAGGGUAUGACAAUGGAACAUGUAGAGGUAUCGAGGAAUGAUAUUUUCGAGUCGGGUCAACUAUAUGUUGCUCUCUCACGGGCAACGAAGCUGGAGGGGCUUACGGUUACGGGUUAUUCUAGGGAACAAAUCGCUAUGGAUGAAGAUGUUGUCGAUUUCUACCAAAAGAUUAAAUGGGAGAAGUUGCAACCUCCUCCUGCUGAUUGA